AUGUAUUUCUUAAAGAGAGUCUUAAUACUGCUCUUUAUUAAAUCAGUACAUACCUUUCCAGCUAUUGGUACACUUGAAAAAAGAGACUCUCUAGAACCAAGAGCAGGGCUAUUUUGCAAAACUUCAGAUCCAGACAACAAAGCUUUUCAGAGUAAUGCAGUUGCUGGAUCUGCAUUUUGCUCAACGUACAUUCGAAAAACAACAACUACCACUAUAACUCCUACUACAACAAUCACUUCCACUCAGACCGCAUUAUCAACAGCUACUGCGACUGUUUUCACUACAAUUUUGACUACAACUUCUAUCAGCAUCUUUACCACCUCAACAAAAAAAGGCUCAACUUUAAUCACACUAACCAAAACUGCCUUUAUUACUGAUACUCAAGUCAAGACACUUACAGCCCAGGCAACAAAGCAAGUCACUAGUACUGUAACAAAAACAACGCCCAUAAUAGUUACGUCUCAUAGCAGCAAGACCGUCACUAUUGCAGCUACAACAACUACAACAAUUAAUAUUAACACGACAGUGACAAAGCUUGUGACCAAUUCCCUUACCAAUGUUGUUACUGGCACAACUAUCGUUUGGGUCACCACUACGGCGUCCGCUCCAGUCAUGACCUUGGCCCCAAACACGGUUUACUGCAGAAUCUCAGGCUACGUGAAAUCCUCUGAAUAUAUGCUUUUCCAACUAAAUCAAUUUCCCGAUGUCAGCUUCUCUACCUGCAAGAGCUUCUGCUUAGCCCAACAGGAAAACAUUCCUGUUUAUAGUUUCGGCUUUACUUCUCAUGCUUGUUACUGCUAUAACGAGCCAGUAUUAGAUGCAAUUGACUCCGACUCAGACCUGAUAGCUAUAAAUUAUGAUAUGUCCUGUGAUUCUGCAGACGAGGAUAACUCCCAGCCUGUCAAGCGGGGAUUCGAGGAGCGUGCUGUCAAGACUACACCAGUCCCAAGCUAUCUGCCUAACAAAACGCCUAGUGUCGUCAGCAGCGCCUGUUCUUGCUUAAUUACCAAACCUGCUGCUCGUCAGACCUUGACCGUUUUUGAUAUCCCUACAACUAUCGAAACUACGAUGACGACAACUAAGGUGGUGACGGUGAAUAAGAAGAAGACUGCUCUUGCUACUACACGUCAGACUGUUACUUCAACAGUGUUGACCACUUUGAUAGCGACAGGAACCCAAACCGCAACCAGAACUCAGCAUACAACCAGUACUAUUACCAAGCCGGUUACUGUGUUUAUUACAAACUUCAAUACUGUUACUGUAAUACAGACUUCUGUCUCUUCUACAUUUAAAACUGAUACUAUCCCUAUUACGAAGGUCAAUACCAUCCCUUGGACUCGCCUUAGCACUAUUUUUGUUACCAAUGGAGUCACCACUACGGUCAUUCGAACUGCCACGUCCCUGCGAACCGUCACGUCUACUUUUACGCAAGAAGGAUCUGUCAGUACUUAUGUUGGCGAAAUUACAAUCUGGGGUACAGUAAAGCCCGAUACCACGACGGAAGAUGCUACAACUACAAUUUCGAGUAUACGUUCGAUCAUACCUUCUCCAAAUUCAUCUUUUAGCACGUCUAUGGAGACACCAGGCAUAACUCCAAGUUUGAGUACAUCUAUGAGCAAAGCUGCCACAACUCCAGGUCCGAGUACGUCCACGGCCACUCCGAGUUGGAAGCUGCUGGACAACAAUGCUGCGGCCGCCAAAAUUGUUGCUGACGGCCCCAAUCUCUACGAGCUCCAUACAUCUGGUUUUAUCUGGACCUACACAGGUACCCCCAUCACUGGUUGGCGACUAUUGGACAACAAGUCUUCAACCACCAAGAUUGCCGCCUCAAAGGGUAAUCUUUAUCAACUUCGCAAUACUGGGGAGAUUUUCAAGUACACCGGCACUCCAGUCACGGGUUGGCAGGUGAUAGACAACAACGCUGCCGCUUUCGAUAUCGUAGCCAGCGGUAACGACCUGUACCAACUCCAUAAAUCAGGUUUCAUCUAUAAGUACACAGGCACUCCUAUAACUGGAUGGCAACAGUUGGGUAACAAUAUGGAUACCAAGAAGAUUGCCGCUUCGGGGGGAAAUCUCUACCGACUCGACAAUGGCGGCCUUAUCUGGAAGUACAAUGGAGUGCCCCUCACUGGAUGGGAUAAGCUGAGAGCUGACUCAGACACCAUGGAUAUUGUGGCGCGAAAUGCUGAUCUCUAUGAGCUUGAUAACUCUGGAAGUAUUUGGCAAUAUACUGGCGUUCCAAUAGCCGGCUGGAGGCAGCUAGAUAAUAACUCUCGGACAAAGCAGAUUGCAGUCGGGGCUGGAGGGUUCUAUCAGAUUCAUAACAACGGAAACAUCUGGCAAUAUACCGGCACGCCAAUCACUGGUUGGAAGCUACUGGAUGGAAACACUUCCUCCACCUACAUCACGGCAGGAGACUCACUCUACCAGCUCCGCAACACAGGUUACAUUUUGCAGUACACUGUGUAG